AGGUUCCCAGAAAGGAGAUGUGUACAGCAUGGGCAUCAUUAUAGAGGAGGUCAUUCUGAGGUCACAGCCGUUCGACAACUACAGAAGUACCAUGGACGUCAAGGAUAUUGUGUCUCAUGUUGUCCGGAGAGAAAGCCCUCCAUUCCGGCCGAAGGUUCAGAAGUCGCCUGAAUGUCCGAGUGGUCUGUACCACCUGAUGGAGUGCUGCUGGGCAGACAACCCGGAGGAGAGGCCCAGCUUUAACACGGUGGAGAAAACAAUCAAACAGUUACAAGGGAAGAAGCACGACAACAUCGUGGAGGCUCUAAUCAGCCGUCUGGAGAAGUACGCCACCAACCUGGAGGAGAUAGUCGACGAGCGCACACAGCAGCUGGUGGUCGAGAAGAAGAGAUCUGAAACCCUCCUCUACCAGAUACUGCCCGCAUCUGUAGCGAACCAGCUGAGACAAGGUCGGCCCGUCAUCCCGGAGGCGUUCCAGGCGGUCACCAUCUACUUUAGCGACAUCAUCGGCUUCACCUCCAUAUGUGCGUCCAGCUCCCCCAUGGAUAUUGUUACUUUCCUCAAUGAUCUAUACUCGUUAUUCGACAAGGUCAUCGACAACUACGACGUUUAUAAGGUGGAGACGAUCGGUGACGCGUACAUGGUUGUGUCGGGCCUGCCUAUACGGAACGGCCUGCGUCACGCCAUGGAGAUCUGCCGAAUGGCCCUGGCCCUCCUCACUGACGUCAAGGCGUUCGUCAUCAAACACAGGCCCGAGGAGAAACUGCAAGUCAGAAUAGGAGUAAACUCAGGUCCGUGCGCCGCCGGGGUGGUAGGCGUGAAGAUGCCACGGUACUGUCUGUUCGGAGACACCGUCAACACAGCUUCCAGGCUCGAGUCCACUGGCGAGGCAAGCAUGAUCCACAUCAGUAGUUCCACGAAAAGUAUCUUGGAUCAGUGCGGUCAUUUCAAAACGGAAAAUCGUGGAGAGAUUUUCUUGAAGGGUAAAGGGUCAGAAGUGACGUACUGGCUCCUGGGGGAGGAGCGGAAGGAGAAGGCGGCCACGCUUACACAGCAGUGAUAACAGAGUGCUCCCCGUGUUAUUCCACAACAUCAACACGAAAACACAGUAUCAGGCACGGAUCCAGGAGGAAGGUGUUGGGGGUGCGCAUCCCAUCCCCUAAUUCAGAGAGCCCGGAAAAGUCUGCGAUCAACGAAUGAAUACAAUGGAUGUUUCUAUUUUAGCAAGAAGGAAGGAAGGAAGGAACUGGUUUAUUUAACGACGCACUCAACACAUUUUAUUUACGGUUAUAUGGCGUCGGUUAGCAAGAAGGAUGUCAAAUCCUGGUCGGCUGCGUAGAAAGAUUAAGGCAAAUAUUAAAUAAAUUCUAGAUGGUCGUCCCGAUCCCCCCACCCUCUACAGCCACCGAGAUUAAAGAGCCCCACGCGUGUAUGCAGAACAUUGUGCAGCGGAGGGAGGAGGGGGGACGGGGAAGUGUGUCUGUACUGUGGCGGACCAAACUUUAAGGGGGGGGUGGUCUAGUCAUGCUAUUCUGGAAAAGACAUUGGAAAGAAAAUUCACUUGGAAUGAGGGGGGGGGGGGGGGGUUGGAUUGUCCACCGGACCUGGAAUCACACCCGCUUUUUUUUACUGACCCCCCCAAAGGCUAUUUUGCUUUAUGUGCGGUUUUUGCAAUGUCCAAAAAAUAUAAGUAUAAAUUUCACACCUGUCUCCAUUUUGAAGAAAACAAAUGUGGAUGAAAACGUAGCAAUUAUUAAUUUACGAUGGCCUAUUUACAAUUGGAUUCUACUUUGGAGUACUGUUUGUGACGCUGCGCCCCCUCCCUAGAAAAAACACAUACAGCCGCUCCUGAAUAGCCAUGCUAACAAUGUGUUCUCAGCAAUGCAGUAACAAUACAGUGACAAUUGUAAGAUGGAUGCGAUGACUUGGAAUGGUGUUUGCAAACUGAUGUUCGUUUUUACGUAAAAUGACUAUGUCA